AUGCAUGAACAGAUGGGAGUUUCUGUUCCAAGAUUUGACAAGAUUCCGUGGUUUAGUGAGGCCAGCCUCAUAAACAAGCCAUUAGUGCUCAGCCUCCCGAAAAGAUAUCCUCAUUCCUCUGCCACUUUUCUGGUUUCAUCCAAGAAGGCUAUGAAUUUGCCAAUUUUGUUCCAAGUUCCAGAUGUCUUAUCUAAGGCCGGGAGGAACCGGAGAUACCUCAGGCUGAUCAGAAACAAGCAGCUGUGCUCCACAUGUCGAGAAAUGAAAAUGGUGCAACCAAGAACUAUGAUGAUCCCAGAUGAUCUGAAACUAUCCUUUAGCAACUAUCCAUAGCACAGAAUGAUGAGUCUUCAUCCACCAAAGGCCCAGGCUGUACCCAAACGUCCUCGUGAUGACAUCCCAACAGAGGGCGCUCGCUACAGACUGCCCAUUCUGGGCCCCAGAACAGCUGUCUCCCGUGGACUGCUGUCAGAUGCCUACAACACUCUGCACGACAUGCACCUCUCUUCCUUGCCUGGAAAGGAACCAGUGGGCAAGACAAUGAGGCAGUGA